AUGUCUGCAAAAAAAGCAAAACGAAACCCUUUUAAGUCAAAAAAGACGAAUGAGGGAAUCUUAGAGGAGAUCACUGAGGAGGAAUUUCAUGAAGGCUAUACCAUUGCUUCAUCUCUCAACUUCAAACUAUUGGGCCUGUUUACCUCCAUUAGCGACAGUGGAAAUGAUCAUUUUAGGGAUCUUAUUGAUCUUACUCCACUUUCUGACAUGGAUGGUUCAUUGGGUGUCUCUGCUUAUGAUGCGGACAAGAACUGCAUGCACCUCUUCGUAUCAUCAAAAGCAACCCCCUAUCAAUCUGUUCCAGCAAAGUUUAGGUAA